AUGUUGCCACUCCUCCCCGUGCGCCGCCAACCAUCCUCCUAUGCGCUGCCGCGGCCCUCCUCCAUGAGCGUCGCCACGGCCCCGUCCCCGACGCCUCCUCCAACCCGACACGGCCCCCUCCUCCCUGAGUGCCACUGCGGCCUCCUCCCGGAUGCCACCAUGCCUCCCCCUACUCAAGCUGCCCCCGCGCCACCCUCCUCCCCGCCAGCCGCCGCCACGGCCUCCCCGUCCGCUGCCGUCGUCCUCCCCAAGCCCCUGUCGCGCCAACCCCCUUCCAUGGCGCCCAAGGAAGCCGCGCCGCCUCAUCCACCCUAG